AUGGCCUGGACUCGAGCGAUUACUUAUGCUGUUUUAAGCUCGCACUUCUGGCUUCCUACCAAGGCUGACUACAUAUGGCCAAAUGCGCGAAUCGAUGAACUUGAGAGAGAGUUAUACGAACAAGAAAACCCGUUUGACGGCCCCGGUAGCACUGUGUCUUUUGUGGAUGGAUGCAGUGGGCCAGCUGAGCGUGCGCUUGGUAUAGGGCGUAGUUUUGGUGCUGAAUGGAUCAGAAACGCCUAUCACGACAUGGCGACAGCAGAUGUGUCUGCUGGAACCGGUGGCCUUGACGCCUCAAUUGUUUUCGAGAUGGAUCGUUCUGAGAAUGUUGGAGAUGCAUUUAGGGAAACACUUGGCAUUUUCAAGGGCAGCUAUAAUACUCGAGCGUCUAUGGCUGAUUUAUUUGCUAUAGGCGCUGUGAUGGCUGUUGGCGCGUGUUCAGAUGGAAGGGUCAUUGUUCCAUUCAGGGGAGGUCGUGUGGACGCAGCUGGCCCAGGUCCUUCAGGUGUUCCGGAGCCUCAGCAAGACCUACCUACGCAUACUCUGAGUUUUGCGAAACAAGGAUUUGACACAUCUGAAAUGAUCGCACUUGUUGCCUGUGGGCAUAGUGUUGGAGGUGUGCAUGGCGUGGACUUUCCAGAAAUUGUUCCUAAUCCUAUGCCUACGACUGAUGCAACGAACGAUAAUACGGUUACUUUUGAUACAACGACAGACAACUUUGACAACCUCGUUGCCAAAGAGUUCGUUGGCAAUGUUUCCCAAAACCCACUUGCGUUUGGACAAAAUGAAACAACACGAUCAGACUUCCGUAUUUUUAACGCAGAUGGCGGCGAUAUGAUUUCACAGAUGGCGUCGUCCAAUGACUUUUUCCUGAGCACCUGCAACACUAUGUUUGAGCGCAUGCUUAACACGGUGCCGAGAGAUGUUCAACUGACAGAUGUUAUUGAACCUCUUAAGAUAAAGCCUCGAAAGUUGUCUGUUACAGUUAACGAUGACGAAACGCUCUCAAUAACUGGAUUUAUACGGAUUGUUGAUGACCUAAUUAGUGCAAAUGGAACACAGGUCAUAAUCCAUUUAUCCUCACGAUCUGGUGAAGCAUUGCCUGCGGCCAUCGGAACGACAUCACAAGGGCUGACUGCACGUUGCGGCUACCCUAAUUGCGGUCCAAGCUACACCUAUUUUAGAUUCAACUCUACAAUUCCCACUACACAGGGCGUAUCGUCUUUUACCGUUGAAAUUAUCGACGGGGUCACUGGAAAGGCUACAAGUUAUAACAAUGGCGGGGGUGGAUUUCCCGUGUCUGAUGCUAUUCUGCCAAUGUUUAGCCUUUCAAGUCAGAGCACGAUAACUGUCAAUGAUAGUGCCCAAUUGCAACUCAACUUGACCGCAGCAGUUCUAAAUGCCGAGAUGUAUACCAACAUUUCGCUCAUUGUUCCGCAACCCUCAAAUAAAACCGCUCCAAUUAGCCCAUGGACUCAGGAAAUAGUUCAUAUGGAGCCUUUGAGCAAGAUUUCUGGCACAAAUUUUACACUCUACAGGGGCAUAUGGCAAAGCAGUGGUCCAUUGACAGCAACCUCUUCGCACCCUUUCGAUCUCGUUGCCCAGGGAGCGACAAAAACAGUUUCUAGUGUCUUCAACUCCUGGGAUGAUGUUGAAUUUAUCUAA